AUGUCCCACGAUGUCGGCGCGCAAGUCUGGCAGGCCGCCACCGCAGCGACGCUCGUCACGGACUUGGCCGUGCACCCUGCUGAGACGCUCAUCACGCGCAUCCAGUCGCCCGCGUACGCGACGCGCUACAAAACGGCGCGCGGCACGCUCAACCGGAGCUUCUUUGCCGGCCUGUAUCAGGGCUUCGGGCCGACCGUGCUCGCCGGCGUGCCGGCCUCGGCGGCCUUUUUCACCGUCUACGAGGGGCUCAAGACGGCGCUGGUGCCGCGGGAGGGCGAAACCAAGCUCGUGGACAUGCCCGCGCCGGUGGCGUACGCCCUGAGCAGCGCGGCCGGAGACGUUGUCGCCUGCGCCAUCAUGAACCCGGCCGAGGUGCUCAAGCAGAACGCGCAAAUAUCCGCGGACGACGCCCCGGGACGGCGGCGGCGGCGCUGGGGCCACACGGUCGGCGUGGCGAGGCAGUUUGCGCGGCACCCGGGCCGGCUGUGGGCCGGAUACACGGCGCUGACGGCGGGCCACCUACCGGGGACAUGCCUCACGUUUUGCCUGUACGAACGGCUGAAGGAGACGCUCGUGGGCGACGACGGGGGCGGCAUCGCGCGGCGGACUGGGAUGAGCGCCGUGAGCGCGGGCCUGGCGGGCGGCGUGACGGCCGCGCUGUUCGUCCCGGUCGACGUUGUCAAGACGCGAAUGAGGCUCGCGGCGGGCACGUCGGUCCGCGAGACGCGGCCGCCCCUGAACCCCGGGCCCGGGCCGCUGGCCGUGGCGAGGCAGGUGGUGGGAGCCGAGGGCACGGCCGGCCUGUUCCGGGGCCUCGGGUUGACCUGCGUCGCGGCGGCUCUGGGCAGCGGGCUGUACCUAGGAUGCUACGAGUGGUGGAAGAUGUACUUUGCGGAGGCGGGCUCGGGCGGGGAACAGGAGCUCUGGUGA